AUGUCUGACGAAGUAAAUAUCUUGCAACAGAACCAAUCCAAUCAAGGUGACAGAAAAAGAAGGACAGAAUAUCAGUCAAUCAGUAAUAACUUUAGAAAAGAAAUUUUAAAGUAUUGGGAUGACAAUCGUGGUGUCAAAAUAGCUACAGAGAUGAGGGCUGGCAGGGAAGAUCCCAGUUCUGAAGAUGAUAAGGAUGAUUCGAAAGAAGAUGAAUAUCUUCGGAACUCGGAUGAGGAGAAGUCCCCCCCCCCGGAGCUGAAGAGAGAGUUCAUCGAAGAGGAGAAGAAGUUGGAGGAUAUGGGACAUAACGUCCAACUUCUGAAAGCUGCCCCUGCAAUCGCAGCAAUGAUCUAUCCAACUUUUAAACCAACAAAAGAGGCAACGCAGGACCAGUUGCUGAAGUUCUGCCAAGGACUGAAAGUAUACUGUCAAAACGGACAUUGUAUGGAUGUUCUUGGCCGUGGCAUGCAGCUAGCCUCUUACCACGGCUUUUACUGCGUGGCGGAAGAGAUGAAGAAGAACGCUGGUCAUAAGAUGGGGGAAAUAGAUUCCUGGAAAAAUAUGGGCAAAAAACCCAAUACUCUUUUACAGCACUUUAAACAGGGUGCAAUCGCCUUCGCCUCGAUGUACACCAUAAAUGGGUUUAACCAAAUGUCAAGAGAAGAAUUCGACCUGACGAUGUUACGUGUUCAUGAAGACGCAAACUUGGCUGAAAGUUUGCAAAAUCGAAUUUUCCCUAAAAAUAUCAAGAAGGGUGCCAAUUUGGACCGGAAGUACCAACGACUUUUGGAUGAAUUAGACAAGAUCCAAUCCGAUGGAGAUAAGGACUUUAGGGAGAUUUUUUGA